AUGUCCGCAUCGUACCAAAUCAAAUCUGAGCAACCUACAAAUUUCAUAGAUCUUGAUGAUGAAGCAUAUACAAAGGAUAGAAAUAAGGAAAUAUCUAAUGCAUCUCAUGAUAAACAAUUAAUAGAACAAUUAAUUGAUAAAUGUGAUUCUUCAAAUGUAAAUUUAUUACAUCAACAUUUGACGGAUUCUGAUAUUUCAACUGUUAUUAAUGCAGCAAUAAUUAAGAAAAAAUGUAAUGAACUUCGAUUAGGAUAUAAUAAUAUUACAUGUGAAGGUAUAAAAAUUUUAGUUGAUGCAUUACGAAAUAAUACAAGUUUAGAGCGAUUAAAUUUAUUUGCUAAUCAAAUAUCUGAUCAAGGUGUAUGUUAUCUUACAGAAAUGCUUUUAUUGAAUAAUUUCAAGCUUAAAAUACUUUUUAUUGGUCAAAAUCAAAUAACAGAUAAAGGUGUUGAAUAUUUAUCUGAAAUGCUUAAAACAAAUACAAUAUUAACUCAUUUAGGAUUAUCUAAUAAUAAAAUAAGUGAUGAUGGUGUUAUUCUAUUAGCAAAUGCACUUAUGAAUCAUAAUAAAACUUUAAAAGAAUUAUAUUUAUGGGGAAACCAAUCGAUUGGUGAUAAUUGUAUUGAUGCAUUAGCUGAUAUGCUUGUAUAUAAUCGAACAUUAAAUAAACUGAUUUUAUUUGAUUGUAAUCUAUCUGAAUUAAGUAAAGAAAGAUUAAGAGAAGUAAUUAAACCAAGAAAUGAUUUUGAACUAUGCUUAUAA